AUGAUCAGCAUUUUUAGACCACAGUUUGGUAGACCACUUGCGAAAAACCAGUUAAUACAGCUGAAAUUUGCGGACAUGCUUACCGACAUAACAUUGGGUUUACAGGCCUGUUUACGGGUAACACGAUUGAAAGAUGAGAAGAAAGUUAUACCGGAACAAAUUUCAAUGAUCAAACGAAUUAACUGUUUGAGAGCGCUGGAUACUGCACGUAAAGCUCGAGAUAUUCUUGGCGGAAAUGGAAUUGUUGAUGAGUAUCAUGUCAUGCGUCAUAUGGUUAACCUGGAAACUGUGAACACCUAUGAGGGUACGCAUGAUAUUCAUGCAUUAAUCCUGGGACGUUCAAUAACCGGUUUACAGGCCUUUAAAGCCUAA